GCUGCCUGCGCACGUUCUCAGGUCACUUGGGCCCCAUUCUCUGCCUGGCAGAUCGGAUCAUCGGCACUUCACACUCUGGCACCUCACGCCCCUGCCAUGGGGAGCAGUGAUGCCUCUGGCUCUACUCCCUCCUACUCCUUUCUCCCCUGCAUUGCCAGCGGCAGCAGCGACAGCACUGUUCGAGUCUGGUCCCUCCUCCCUUCAGGGAAAGGUCGGUCAGCGUGUGUUGCCACACUGAAAGGCCAUGAGGGGCCGAUAACUGCCCUGGCUGUUGCAAUUCACAAUCCCUUCCUUCUGACCAGUGUGGCUCGAGAUGCGAAGCUGCGUCUGUGGGAUUGCCGCAACAUUGUGCCUUCGACCGUCAACCCUCCCACCACCUCCUCCUCCUCUUCCUCUCUUUGCAUCGGCACGUGUCGCACGCCUACCUCCCCCUUCGCCCUCCUCCCUCUCCCGCCUCAUGCCAGCCGUGCUCUCUGUCUGGUGGCGGGUAGAGGCGGCAUAGCCAUGAUCGACCUGCUCCCAAUGAAACAGGUGCACUCCCUCCCCUGCGGAUCCUCCCCCCUCGCUUCCUUCUCCUCCUCCCCAUCUCGCCACAUCAUCGCAGCAGGCUUCGAGGAUGGCUAUGUGCGAAUGUGGCGCGUGGGGCCUUUGCAGGAGGGAGUAGAAGCAGGGGGGCCACACGCUGCAUUGACUGUUGGGUCAGCAAGGCAACUGUCGGCAUGCAUAGCUGGCUUCAAGCUGCUUGCCUGCUCAAAAGCGCAUAACGGUACAGUGGAUUUUCUGUACUUGGACAGCUAUAAAUGCAUUAGUGGCAGCCGGGGAGACGGGUUCCUGAGUGUGUGGGAUGCAGAGACCGGGGAGGAGAUUCGCACAUUGGAUGCUACUGCUCCGCCCCCUUGGCUCGUGGAAGCAGAGGAUGAAAGUGAUCAAGGUGAUGGUGAUGGUGAUGGUGGUGGUGGUGGUGGUGGUGGUGGUGGUGGUGGUGGUGGUGGUGGUGGUGGUGGUGGUGGUGGUGGUGGUGGUGGUGGUGGUGGUGGUGGUGGUGGUGGUGGUGGUGGUGGUGGUGGUGGUGGUGGUGGUGGUGGUGGUGGUGGUGGUGGUGGUGGUGGUGGUGGUGGUGGUGGUGGUGGUGGUGUGGUGGUGGUGGUGGUGGUGGUGGUGGUGGUGGUGGUGGUGAUGGUGGUGAUGGUGGUGGUGGUGGUAACUGCAGAGAUGGUGGUAACCAUGGGGGUGUUGGUAGCUACCGGGAUGCUGAUGUUGUCCAUGUUGGGGAAGCUGCUACAGCAGAUGCUGCCACCGCUGGCGCUAGUCACGGCCCUACUUUGAACGAGACUGUUAGGCGAGUUUUAGUGGAGAGUAUGCAUGCGUGUAGUGGUUUGGUGGUUGCCACGUUGGUCAGCUAUCGCAGGAGGGUUGUGCUUGGGAGGAGGAUGCAGCAACAAGUGGUGGAGGUUGAAGGCAGAUGGGUCCGGUUGUGGGAUUUUAGUAGUGGCAGGGCUGGCUUGGAAUCAGAUUAUGGUAUCAAGGAAGAGGGGGGAAAUCUUCCAAUAGGUGGUGGAAAAUUCUGGUAGUAAGCUUUUCAAUGUAUUAUGCUUUGUUGUAAGGUUUCCCUUGUAAGGCCAAAUU